AUGCGAGCUGUUCCUGAGAGAAUUCUUCUUGGGCAGAGAUUCGCUUACUACAGAAAAGGAUUAGCGCCGUCCACGAAACAAACUCUUAAAAUUAAGUACAAUGAUACGAUGGGAAAUGUAUUCGUCAACUCUUUAUCGACAAAAAGUGAUUCUUUCGGACGCCUUCAUAUACCAGCGGAGCAAAUUUCAAACCUGAUCUCGACCUCUAACCCGGAAAAGCCAAGCGCUGCUUUCAUUCUCAAAGAAUUUGAGUCCACCCAAAUGGAGUUCAUCCUUGAUGAUGUUUCUGAAACUGUUACUGUUGAAUCUGGACUGCAAUCCGGUGAGAUAAUCAAAGAAGAAUGGCGAGGAGAGUUCGUCGGUAAUUUAUUCUACCCGAGCAAAGAGGGAAAAUUCCCCGUUAUUGUGCAUAUAAAUGGCGGAAUCAAUCAUAUCCAAGAUUCUCGUUCAACGAUGCUAGCUCGAGAAGGAUAUUGCGUUUUAGAACUAGCUUACAAUGUGCAAGAAUAUGGCCAACCAGUGCUUUUUACGAGGAAAGAUUUCCCACUGGAACAUGUCGAGAACGCAAUUAUAAAGAUAUUGAAGCACGAGAGAGCUUAUGGAGAUCGAGUAGUUUUGAUGGGACAAUGCAAAGGGACCGAUAUCGCGACUGCUUUUGGCUCUCUUCGUCCAGAUCUAGUAGAAUUUGUCAUCGCUCAAGCUGGACCGACUCAACUUCCAGUCGCUACUGAAACGUCUUAUCGAGGAAAUCGCUGGGAAGGCAUGGAGAUAAAUUAUCUGCAGGCAGAAGAAUUGAUGAAGCUAACGAAGUUCUUUUCUUUUCCAAAGGACGAAAAUGAUGUAUUUCGACUCAAAUACGGGUCCUUUCUGGCUUUGAAAGGAGAUCAUGGGCCGUUGUUUUUAGAAGACAACCAGGAGGAUGGAAAAUUUUUACUGAACGAAAAAUCUGCGCGAAGCAUAAAAGACAAAGCAUUUCCUGUUGAUCAAAUGAACAAGAUGUUUUUCUUCUCUACUCUCAAUGAUCCAACAAUGGCACCAAAUUCUGAACUAGCGAUGGAAACAACUGAAUACUUUCUCGGCGAUAAAAACAACGUUGAAAUUGAGUUUAUUCACUCGGGUCAUCUAGCUGUGACUCCAGAAAUACCAGUGGUAGAAAAGUCUGUGAUGAAUUUUGCUGGGCUGAAAUGCGAGAUGAAAUGGUCAAGUAACUCGACAAAUGAAGAUAGAAUCAAAGAAACGAAUGAACACCGACGAGUUUAUAAAAAAAUAACUGAAAUAUUGAAAGCAAACUUUUAG